CUGUUGUUAGCAAGCAGCUUGCGUUAUCCCGCUUGAUUAGUGUCCGUGUUCGAAACUGUUUCAUGGUCAUAUUGAUGUACAGUAGCUUACUAUGCUAGAACGCAUGUUCGAAAUGCCUCAACGUGAUGUAUGGCUUCAUUCGCAUUCUAUCACGACGAGAGAUCCUGGAUUCCAAAAGUGCCCGACCGGGUACCGUAACCGGACGCCUGGUCCUGCACCGCUGCCGGUUGAGUUUCAAUGUUGCCAAGACAUCACCUACCCGCCGUUCGCGACCGAGAAGGCCAUUUGUUGGCCACGGCACAUCGAUUGUAUAUCUCGUUACUCAUAAGUCGUACCAUGACCUUGAACACGGGCGCAAAAGUCUAUACUCAACCACCGUUUUGAUUUGAGUGAUGGGUAGCAGCAUAUCAUACUGACCUCAAAAAUCAUGGGGAGCGAACGGAGUCUCGGUCAUGGAUGCCGCUUGUCCCGAAGCCUCAGAAAUCACCGUGAUCCUAAAGGAAGGGCGGAAUC